CGACAACAUCAGCGACCCUCGCUCAUGUCUUCAGCACUUUCUCCUGUUGCAGAUUGUCCUACUGCCCAUUAUUCUGAUUAUCACCAUCUUCAUACGGAUGAAAUCAUUAUCUCUGAUAUCUUUACUGGGAUUGAAGGUGCUCGACGUUCGAUUAUAUCACUUUUGGCCUUUUCUGCAGAUGAUUUACUUUUAGCAUUCCCAAGUUCCAUUCAAUAUCUAUACUGUAUGCAUUACAUUAUUCGUAGUUGGGUGAUUCAUGAAGUGACUGCCUCCAAGAUCGAUUUGAAUACACGUGUAGCAAGGAUAGAUGUUUUUGUACAGAUGAUGCGACUCUCUCGGCGAUCUUGUCAAAAGAUGGAAUUAUUUACGGAACUGAAGGAAUCGGCGACAUCAUCAUCAUCAUCACCACCUCCACCACCACCACCAAAAACAGCAACCAGUUCUACCAACAGCUCAGCACAAUCAUCUACUUAUGUACCAGGUUUUGUAGAAAACGCCAUUGCAAGUGCACUUGUUAGUCCUGAAGUUCGAUUAUUCACCAAGGCCUGGAAAGUGAUUGGGCAAAAAUAUGGUGUUUCUGAUUUGGAUACAUUAGCACCUUUGAUGAAAAAUUUAUCUUCUCGAACGAUGGAAUCUCCAGGAUUAUCUUCACAACAGCAGACUGACUUUUGUUUUGCUCCUAGUAUUGGUUGGGUAUUCGAACGUAUGAUUGAACUUUCGUUGGUAGUGCCUGAUACGUAUCAUGGAAUGAUUCAUUUUGACAAGGGUAGGUAUAUGUUCAAAUUCCUACAACUGAUGAUGAAUGCGCAAGUGAAAUUGGAAAAACAAUCUACUACUCAAGCAAUGUCUAUGUCCUUUUUGAUCUCUCCCAAUGACAAGAAGCGAACAUGGAAAAUGCUCAAGGAAGAAGCUCAUAAAGAAAAAAAUCAUCAUUACCAAGUACCAGUACCGCCACCACCACCACCACCAAAACAACAACAUCGUCAUGGAAACAAGAUCAAAUCAAGUCACUCAUCAAGUUCCACAACAAUAUCAUCAUCAUCAUCUUCAUUCUCUCUCAAACAUGGUGUAUUCAGUAAACUAGUUGCAGCACAAAUGGAAAAACUUCGACGUGAUAUCAAAGAACGUGAACGAAUCGAUCGGGAAUGGAAAGAAGUUCAACAGAAAUGGCAAAAACGACAAUUAGAACAAAUGCGACCAAAACAUGGAAAAAAGCACGGAUAUCAUCGACGAUAUGCAUCUUCUUCAUCAUUGAAUACUGGAUCUUCACAACAACAACAACAGCAAGAUGUUGGAGUGAUACCGACUUCUUCAUUAAGUGGAACUCCACCUCAUGGUAUCAAAUGGCCAGCUUUGUUACGUACCUUCCGUCCUCCCUCUGUUGCCAAUUUCCACAUGGAUGAUUCGAGUAUCGACACAACAGCGAAGACAUGCAAACUACGUAUGGAUGAUGAUUCCAAUAGUGCUAGGGCAGCCAUGGUGAUUAAUUUGAUACAUGCAACGACUUCUAUUGCCAGUGGGUACGAAAAACGUGCGUUUGUUUUCCGGGUGGUCACAGAAGAAGGGGCACAAUAUUUGUUACAAGGGGCGAAUGUGGAUGAUAUGCAAAGUUGGAUGGAUGAAAUCAAUCAAGCAGCAAGACAUGGAACGGCCAAACGACGUAGUGUAUUUGCGGCAGAAUCCAAGGAAACCAUGACAAUGACACCUGAAGUGACGACGAAAAACAAGAAAAAAAUCGCAACAACUACAAGAACAACUGUAUAUGGUAUACCUUUGGAAACAUUACAAGAACGUGAACAUCAUCAAGUACCAAACCUGGUGACGACAUGUAUCAAGGAAAUUGAAUUACGUGGUUUAGAAGAAGUGGGCAUCUAUCGUGUGGCUGGUACUGGAUCUGUUGUGCAACAAUUGAAGAAAGAAUUCAAUACUCAAACCAAUGUGAAUGUGGAUGUAGAUCAUUAUCCGGAUAUCAAUGUCGUGGCCGAUGCUCUCAAACAAUUCUUACGUGAAUUACCUGAACCACUCUUGACGUUUGCAUUAUAUGAAGAAUUUAUUAAUGCAUCAGCCUCGGAUGAUCAUGAUGAUCGAGUAUAUAAGAUCAAACAAGUGAUUCAAAAAUUACCACCGGUAAAUUAUCAAUUAUUGAAGAGAUUAUUGGAACAUUUUGUCAUUGUGACGGAUUAUGAAGCCAUCAAUCAUAUGUAUGCUACUAAUUUAGCGAUUGUGUUUGGACCUACACUUUUACAACCCAUGUCUGGACCUGCAGCAUUUACUACUUCCAUGUCCAAUCUUGGUCAUCAUCAAAACAUUGUCAAAUACUUGAUCUUACAUUAUCAUUAUUUGUUUGAUAUCGAAGGAGCAGAAUAGAUAUAUUCAUUAUGUUGAUCAAAUAAAAAAAAGCUGGU